CGAGGCAGCUCCGGAGCCUCAGAGCGGGACUGAGCGAGCGAGUGAGCCGCCGCAGGAGACGGAGGGAGGACCUCACUGUCGGAUACUUAACAUCUCUGCUUUACUCCACCCGGGACAUGAAAUCCGUGUUUUAACGCGUUAGAAAACAAACUUUACUCCGGCACAAGAUGACGGUGGACUUUGAGGAAUGUAUUAAAGAUUCACCCCGAUUUAGGGCAAAUAUUGAUGAGGUGGAAACGGAAGUUGUGGAGAUCGAGGCAAAACUAGAUAAGCUGGUGAAGCUAUGCAGCGGCAUGAUUGAAGCAGGGAAGGCGUAUGUCAGCGCCAACAAGCUCUUUGUCAACGGCAUCCGGGAUCUGUCUCAGCAGUGCAAAAAGGAUGAGAUGGUUUCGGAGUGCCUGGAAAAGUGCGGCGAAAGCCUCCAGGAAAUCAUCAACUACCACAUGAUCCUGUUUGAUCAAGCUCAGCGGUCUGUGAAGCAGCAGUUGCACAACUUUGUAAAAGAGGAUGUUCGGAAGUUCAAGGAGACCAAGAAGCACUUUGACAGAGUGCGUGAGGAUAUGGAAAUAGCACAGGUGAAGAACGCUCAGGCGCCGAGGAACAAGCCUCAUGAGGUUGAAGAAGCCGCAGGCACGCUCAGCAUCACUCGCAAGUGCUUCCGACACCUCGCUCUUGACUACGUUCUGCAGAUCAACGUUCUCCAGGCAAAGAAGAAGUUUGAGAUCCUUGAUGCUAUGCUGUCGUUCAUGCACGCCCAGUACUCGCUGUUCCAGCAGGGCUACAACCUGCUGGAUGAGAUCGACCCGUACAUGAAGAAACUGGCUGCUGAGCUGGAUCAGCUGGUGAUUGAUUCAGCCAUGGAGAAGAGGGAAAUGGAGCAUAAACAUGCAACCAUACAGCAGAGGACCCUGUUGCAGGAUUUUUCAUAUGAUGACUCUAAGGUGGAGUUUAAUGUGGAUGCUCCGAAUGGUGUGGUGAUGGAGGGCUACUUGUUCAAGAGGGCCAGCAACGCCUUUAAGACCUGGAACAGGCGCUGGUUCUCCAUACAGAACAGCCAGCUGGUCUAUCAGAAAAAGCUCAAGGAUUCACUGACCGUGGUGGUGGAAGACCUCCGGCUAUGCUCUGUUAAACCAUGUGAGGACAUCGAGAGGAGGUUCUGCUUUGAGGUCGUCUCUCCCUCCAAGAGCUGCAUGCUUCAGGCUGAGUCUGAGAAGCUGAGACAAGCAUGGAUUCAGGCAGUUCAAGCUAGCAUUGCCUCAGCCUACAGAGAGAGCCCUGACACAUACUACAUCGAGCAUCUGGACAGAACAGCUUCCCCGUCCACCAGCAGCAUUGAUUCGGCCAGUGAGCCGCGGGAGCGCAGCGUCCGAGGGGAGACCAUCCUGCAGAGGAUCCAGUGUCUACCGGGGAACGAGCAGUGCUGCGACUGUGGCCAGUCCGACCCUCGCUGGGCCUCAAUCAACCUGGGAAUCCUGCUGUGUAUCGAGUGCUCAGGCAUCCACAGGAGUCUCGGAGUUCACUGUUCGAAGGUUCGCUCACUCACGCUGGACUCAUGGGAACCCGAAUUAUUAAAGUUAAUGUGUGAGCUUGGAAACAGUGUCAUCAACCACAUCUAUGAAGGCUCAUACCAAGAACAGGGUCUAAAGAAACCAUUACCAUCCAGUUCAAGACAGGAGAAGGAGGCUUGGAUUAAGGCAAAGUACGUAGAGAAGAAAUUCCUGAAGAAGCUGGGCUCCACAGAGAUACUCAUCAACGGAGAGAGGAAGUCAGAGCGGCGGUGGAGCGUGAAGAAGUGCCGGAGACACAACAGUGCUACCGCGGUAUCAAAAACACGGCGAAGGUACCGACAAGACCCGGGAAGCACCUCCCCUUCUACCCUCUCCGCAGCAGCUGCAAAGUUCAGACGAGAAUCCCUCUUCUGUCCCGAUGAGCUGGACUCUCUCUUCUCCUACUUUGACACAGGAUCUGGGCCUCGAAGUCCGGCAGGCCUGAGCAGUGACAGCGGGUUGGGAGGCAGCACAGAUGGCAGCACAGACAUCCUGGUGUUUGGCUCAGUGGUGGACAGCGUCACCGAGGAGUGUGAGGUGUCAGAGGACUCGAGCGGUGAAGCUGAGCUGGAGGCUGAGCCUGAGACGUCGGACCCAGAGGACAUGAGGGACCUGCAUCCCGGAGCGCUGCUCUACAAGGCCUCCAAAGCCCGCAACCUGCCCGUCAUGGCUGAAGCCCUAGCCCACGGGGCGGAUGUCAACUUAGUCAACGACGAGGACGAGGGAAAGACGCCGCUCAUACAGGCUGUGAUUGGGGGUUCGUUGAUCGCCUGCGAGUUCCUGCUCCAAAACGCUGCUGACGUCAACCAAAGAGACGUGAGAGGGAGGGGCCCCCUGCAUCACGCCACGUAUCUGGGACACACGGGGCAGGUUUGUUUAUUUCUGAAAAGAGGAGCUACACAGAAUGACGAGGAUGAGGAUGGCCAGGACCCUCUGAGUAUAGCUGUGCAGCAAGCCAAUGCAGAUAUAGUCACGCUGCUGCGUCUGGCCAGGAUGAAUGAGGAGAUGCGGGAGUCUGAGGGACCCUUCGGACAACCAGGAGACGCCACGUACCUCGACAUCUUCCGGGAAUUUUCCCACAUGGCAUCCCACAACCCAGAGAAGCUGAAACGAAGGAGUGUGCACUUCCGACACUCCUUCAGGUAGUCCGCCAAGAAGCAUCUGGAGAGGAACAGAAUGAAAUACUUGAAAAGUGCAGCAGCCACUUUCCAUAUAUAGUCACAAUCUGAGGUUUCAACAUCACGAGUGAUGAUCGUGAUAAACUACCAGCCUGUUUUAUUCCUUAGAGAAAUGUACAAAGUCUCUUUUCAAAGUGGAUCAAAGUGAAGAGAUCACAGCCUCUUUGUGAUGCUGUUGUUCAUUAUCUUUCAGUGUUUUAUAAUAGCUGCCUUGUAUCUGCGAGUCUUGUGCUGUUUGAAAUGAGGAAUGGCUGGCCUCUUCCUCUUGAAUGCAUAAAUAAAUAUAGUAUUGCUUUUGUACGGUGUUAGAUGAAACUUCCCCCCAAGCACUUGUUUUGUUCAUGUUCUUUGUUCAAUUCAAUCAAUUUGAAUCAUUAUUAUCAUUAAUCGAAUCUGAUUUAUUGAAGGACUUUCGUCAAUACUUUACAUAUUUUUCUGUGUUUGUCAUGCAUGCCUUUACUCUGAUUAUAGUUCAAACUUGAAUCCAGCUAUGUGUCAUAUAGUUACCUUCAAGUCGCAGUGUUACUUGUUACUUCUCUUGAUGAGCAGUUGUUUUUUUUUUGUUUGUUUAGUUUUUUUGCAUGGACUAUGCUGGUGUAGUCUUUGCAGUAUUUGUACCACUACGAAAUGCAGUGCUUAUGUUACUGUGCACAUGCUGUGGAAGCAAAAAUGCUAAUAUAUCAGAGAGAACAGGAAUACCGCUGAAAGAUGGAUGGAAAUAAACUUUGCCUGUGUUUACA